AUGUCUCUCCGAUCCAACCGCUUGGAUCCCCUGGGUACCGUCAAGGCUGCCCUGGCACACGCGCUGAAGACACUUGGCGAUCUAGGCGAUCCACAACGACCGCAUCCACCCCCCUGCAACUGCGCAAAAGCUCUCCAAGAGCUGCGAGAAAGCAUCCUCGAAGCCAUCCGCAACACCCAACAGAUACUCAACUCCCCAGACAACACGUCCGCUAGCGAGGGGAGAUUGCCCUGCCCCUACACCAACGUCAACACCUCCACUUCGCCACCAUCCUCCUCCAUCUCCCCAUCAUCUUCUCCAGCGACGCCGCCCCGGUCCACUAGCGCUAGUGCCGCGGCUCGACCCGAGUCCAUACACAAGCGACGAUCCAAAACGGCACCGGCACACCGGGAAAGCGACGUUGUGGCUAAGAGAAGAAGAAAGCAUCAAGAUGUUGGUAGUCGAGCCGAGGCUACGGUAGAGCAUAUUCUGAACAACGACACUCCGGCUAGUGAUGCUGCGACCGCCCUUGGCCCGGGUAAAAAUCAUCAGCAUGCCCCUGUCGGAACUGACAACCUUCAUGUUCCCAUCGACGAACCCCCGACUACCGAUUCUUUGCCGCGUCAAAGCCAUCCCUCCAUAGCUACCAGCAGCGGGCUGUUAUCUCAGUCGUCAGCUACAACAAGGUCGCCAACAAUAGCUUGGGAAGCAGACGCGAACGGUGUUGCAGUUCUCAAACCAUCUGCAUCUCAACUCAAAGAAUUUGAUGUCCUCCUUGCCUAUGCGUGCACAUCAACCGAUGCCCAUGUCCGUAGCAAGGGCAUUUUCAAGAUAUCCCUCCCCCCGGAACAUAACACAAGCCGGCACGUUCCUGCCCAAUACAAGCCAUGCCGCAUGUACGAAAGUCAUGCAUACCCCCAAGGUGAUAUCUUCCACAUCAAAAACCGUAACGGGAGGAAGAAGUUCGGCCCCGAGAGGCCUGCUUGUGACGACUUCACCUCUAACUCACCGCCAUCUUCUUCAGCGGAAGAAGAGGUCCGGAAGCAGGAUGACCGCCUGCGCAACAACUCCCUGAAAGGAGUCUACUAUGCAACGGACAUGUUAGCGGCGGACGAGGCAGAUCGUCGAGCUAGAGGGCUCCCAGCGGUGUCACCUAUCCACCCGCUGGCCGGAGACCAGCUGAACAAGACAACCUGCGCGAUUCAGGGAAUACACAGUCCAUACUGCUAUGAAUCUGAUCACAAGGAAGGCGCUCCUUUUCUACUCCACACUGAAGACUUCCAGCUUUGCUCUGUUAAUCUCCUUCACCAAGGUCGAAAAAUCUGGAUAUGUAUCUUUCCCGAUGCAUCAAAUGAGUUGGAAGAUAAGUUGCGGCAAGUUAAGCCUGGAGGAAAGAGCAUGUUAUCCUGUUCCCAGUUUAUACGCCAUGCAUGCAUCUACAUCUCAACUGCUGAACUGGAGAAAUGGGGUAUCCCGUAUACUAUUGUUGAUCAACGCGCGGGUGAGAUUGUAGUGACGUUGCCAUCUACCUACCAUCAAGGGUUUUCUUUGGGCUACACUAAGGCAGAAGCAGUGAACUAUGCCGACAAGAAAUGGGACCCUGCAAACACUCGUAACCCCUGCAGCAGAUCCUGCCCAAAGUUUGCCAUCACCCAUGACGAUAUAUGCAUCGAAAAAAUCAGCGAAAACUCGGAAAGCGACCAGGCUCUCGGUGCCGAAGUGAAGCAGGCUGUCACUAUACAGGAAAGCAUUAGCCAGUGCCUUGCCUCCCAAAGCGAUGGUUUCCAAAAACUAUUUACCAGCUCGAAUUCAAAUCUUGGUGACAUACAGAAAGUUCGUGUAUUGGAACUUGUCUUGCAAUGUGCAUGGCCGGAGAUGCCCACAAAUUUUAUCCCCGAGCGGAGUGCAUCAAAUAUCACUAAACAACUCCAGAAUAUCCGGGCACAAGGCAACUUCAAUGCAGCACAAGAGCGCGUAAUGCUUGCUCUGCUGGCCAGGGCUCACCGCCAACUUGUCCAGGAGAUAGAAGCGGAGAGGGUGGGAGUGAGAAGGGCAAAAAACCGCCGUCAUCGAAAUGAAAAGAAGACAAUUCACCAGAAAAGUUCCUUUGCCGCAGGGGGGAGAACCAAAGCUGCCAAAACCGUAGCAAGCGAAACAAUGAUGGAGGGUUCCGACAUGGCUCCCCGGGUGUUCCAAGAAUGCCUCAAGGAUGGGUGCAGGCUCCUAACCAUUGCUGAACAACUUGAGUUUGGCAUUUUGAUCAGCUUCCCCGUAAGGGAUGUUCAAUCACAGGACUUUCAUCUAAGUCUGACAAAUGCUCCGUCAUGUUUAUUCUUGGAGCAGCCCAUCACCUCCUCUAGGUGA